CUUACUGUCGGACUAUGGAGACGUGAGAGGGCCGGAUGAAAUAUGAUCCUGAUUACCAACUAGGAAAAUUCGAUCCCUAUGCUACAAACAAUCAAAUUUUGGCAUCGUUGUCGGGGACUCGCACGAUCUUUGGAAAGGGAGAUUUGAGCACUCGCUAGAUUGGGGCGGUUAUUUCCAAGUGAGAGCCUCUACGAAUUGAUAUCACUUGAGGCAUGGAGAAUGUUCGAAAAAAACUAAGAGCAAGGGAUAACUAAAGGAAAAACUAAUUAGGAUUAACCAUUUCCAUGCUACCCUCGUCCAUUAACACAACACCUUCUGCAAAACGUGGAUUGGGCUCUCGGUUGUGACUCGACCGCCCGUGGCUCAACCGUGUCCACGACACGUACACAAAAGAAAUAUGGAUCUCCUAGUCUCUGGAGUACAAUGCCUGAAAUUGAUCUGUUAUAACUGCGCUGCUACGGAUCGGGAAAUCGUCGGUCACUAGAGUCCUGAAAGCCAAAUAUUACCCUUCUACUGACAUUCUACAAGCUAAAGUUGGUCAUAAUCCAAGUUAUAUUUGGAGAAGUCUGAUGAAAGCAAAGGAAUUGUUGGGGGUGGAUUUCGUUGGAAAGUGGGCAAUGGAAAAUCUAUAAGGAUAUGGAACGAUCAAUGGAUUCCUAAUAAGAAACUAUUUUCGCCUAAUUUCCUUGCUGUUGGAUUUGUCGACACUACUGCUAAAGUUUAGGAGCUUAUUGAUCAUAAUUCCUCAUCGUGGAACAUUGAAGAUGUUCAGGACCUUUUCUCACCUGAAGAUCAUAAUACAAUUCUGCGUAUACCCCUUUGUAAGACCUCUAAGGAAAAUGUUAAGAGUUUUGGGUGGGGACGGAUGAUGGCUCUUAUUCUCUCAAAUCUGCCUACAACAUGUUGAGAGAUUCUAAUGGAAUACAUUAAAUGUCAAAUCUUUUCUCAACAGAUUCCAACCAACCUGGAAGAGAGGAUUGAAGCGGUGGGACCGGAGUGUCCAUUCUGUGGAUUAAAUGAAACGCAUGAACACAUUCUCUGGUGGACUGUUGCUGGACUCGCAGACUGUGGCAACCGAGUCUUGAAGCUUAUUGUUUUCAAUGUGGAGAAGACUUGAUUUGCCAUAACUGGAUCGCUGAAUUUUUAAGGAAGUUUUCAAUGGAAAAGGUUCAACGAUUCAGUACAUAGCUCUGUUUAUUUGGAGGGAACGAAACAAUCAUCAGUUUAAUAACUCGAAGUUGGAUGAUGAAGACAUUAUCCCUAGAACUGUGAAUUGGAUUUAUGAUUACUUGGAAAUUAACUCAAAGUGCAACCAAGAUAGUGUCUUGCAUGUCGUUCCCCAGAAGCAAACAACCUGGAUCUUAAGUCAGAACUAUGUCCACCUCCUUUCUUGUAUCCGAUCCUUGAAGUGGAUCUUGUUCCUGGGCCUUGACCCAUUUCUGAUGCCUCUGAUAUGCGGGCCUGGCCAUGGUAUCGCCAUCGGCAGUCUAGGGAUGUACCCAAAUGAGUCGCCGGUCAAAGGAAUCCACGUCAAGAACUGCACCUUGACCAACACCCUCAAUGGUUUGAGGAUCAAGUCUUGGCCUGACAGGGAGGUUUGUGAUGCCUCUGAUAUCCAUUUCGAUGACAUCAUCAUGAACAACGUCUCCUUCCCCAUCAUCAUUGACCAAGGUUACUGUCCUUGGAAUACGUGCAACACCACGGGGCCAUCGAAAGUUACAAUUUCGGAUGUAAGUUUCACCAACAUUCAGGGGACUUCAGGAACCCCAGAGAUUAUUCACUUGAACUGCAGCAGCCUCCAUCCCUGUCAGAAUGUUCAGCUUUCUAACAUUGAUGUCAAAUCCACCUGUGGCCCACCAACAUCUGUGUGCGUCAACGUGAAGCCUACCAUUACAGGGAACAUCCCACCCGGAUGUUAACUCUUUCUUAAUUAUUCACGAUUUUUGUAACGGAUUUUUUUGAUUAAUUGUAGUGUUUGAGCUACACGUAACUACUUAUACUUAAUUAUAUUUAGAAUGUCGACCUAGCUAGAUAUUUUAUGUAACCCACAAAUAAAUUUAUAAAAAUGGGAGCACGGAUUUUCCAACUAAUUUUACCAGGCAAAGGGUAUUAUUGGAUCAUCUGACCUAAUGCAUCCAAAUAUAUCUCCUGAUACUUUUGAAUAUAUGGUUGUAGCCCAACGUGGUGCUAGAGAUUGUCUAGUCUACGCCCUGCCUCCACUGGCAUCACUAAAAAAAAACAUCUUUAUUCAGCCAUAAAAAAUAAAUGUCAACAUAAAAAUCGUGAAAAAUACUAUCCAUAAGAAGUAAUGAAGAUUACGCUUUCUGUAGCUAAUUUCAUUUUUUCUGUGCCAAUAGUAAAUUUCUUCCAUUUUACUUGUGGAUAGUGAUUUUUCACUAUUAGUCUAACGUGUAAAAGAUAGUAAAUUUCCAAUCGCUUAGCUCUCUCCAAGCUCCACUAUAUAAACAUAAAAAAUUGUCCAUCAUCAUCUUGAACAUACACAAUAAAGCGAUAAACACCAAUAGAAAAAAAUAAACAAUAAAAAAAACAAAAACAAAAAUAAAAGAAGAUGAAGCAUUCAUCAAAUCUAAUGAGAACCUUCUCGACAAUGUUAUUUCUCCAAAUAGUUUUUUUUUUUUUUUUUGUUAAGGGUGAACUAAUUUUAUUAGAAUAACAAGAGAAAAGGGGCAGUACAACUUAGAGACCACAAAAGGUAAUUCCUGACGAGAAAUUAGGCAACUCGUAGAGUCUUAAACAAGAGAAAAAGCCAAACACGAAUCUAAUAUGUGUUGCCGCAGGAAGCUCUCAAUAUCUGCAGCAAGAUCACCUGCAGUCCUGGAAAGAAAUCAUGACCACCCAGCGCAGGGAACAAGGCGCAAACAGGACCCAAUACGGAUACACCAUGACAGAAAAGGGACGAGAGAACCCGUUAUGUUGCAGGGUUGUUAUUCAUGUCUUCAGCAGCGUUUCGUGGUAUCAUUGAUGAUCUGAUAUAGCUCAUCCAAUCCUUUGCAGCUUGUUUAUCACUUUCUCCGUCGUGAUCAACCAACUCGAGAUUGCACUUCCGAUUCUACAACAUACAAUCUUUGGAAGCUAGAUCCUUGGGGUUGAGUAACAUCGUUGGUGGAGAGAGCUCUAAUCGGUACAAACCUCGCCAUGAGACGCCGCACUUCUGUUGCAAAUUUGCAUUGAAUGAAUAUGUGAUCGAAAC